CAAACCAAUCACCGAAAAGAUCUCUUCAAGGGUACGCUGUGUCUCGUUUUCGCGUUGUUGAGGUCUGCAUACAGCAAAAAUGGCUGGAGGUAAAGCUGGAAAGGACUCUGGAAAAGCAAAAGCGAAGGCCGUUUCCCGUUCUGCGAGGGCUGGCUUACAGUUCCCCGUUGGAAGAAUUCAUCGUCAUCUUAAGAACAGAACUACAAGUCACGGCAGAGUGGGAGCAACAGCCGCAGUCUAUAGUGCCGCAAUUUUAGAAUAUUUAACGGCCGAAGUUUUAGAAUUGGCGGGAAAUGCUUCAAAAGAUUUGAAAGUAAAACGUAUAACGCCAAGGCAUUUGCAACUUGCUAUCAGAGGAGACGAAGAAUUAGAUUCUCUUAUCAAAGCCACUAUAGCAGGAGGAGGUGUCAUUCCCCACAUUCACAAAUCGCUUAUUGGCAAGAAGGGCUCACAGAAGGCUGCUUAG